AGUCUGUUCGAAUAAAAGCAAAUAGUAGAAGAGGAUGAGCCUGCCAAGGUGCACUCCUGCAGAACAAAGGCAAAUAAAUGAAAAUCAAAACCAAAGAAAAACUCGAAUUCUUUCAGCUUCAAUCUUCUUUUCAGGCUUUUUUGUGGGUGGUUUGGUUUGGAGAAAUGAUGAGUGAGAGUCAUAAGGCCAUUAAUGUCUUUUCAACCUCAACAUCAUCGUCUCGUUUGUCACCUUUGGCUCGUCCCUUCACUGUCAAUAACCCUUACAAUCUCCAUGAAUCCUUUGACCCUUUACUUGACUCUUCUUCUUCUUCUUCUUCUUCAUCUUCCAGUCAUGAUCAACCCUUUCCCUGCCUGAGUUUGGGUAAUCAAGGUCAUCGUGGCUACCAUGCCUAUCACUCUGACGCUACUUCUAUUACUGCUUUCCCUUGUGUUGAUGACCCUGACUUUCAAUUUGACUCUCGUUUUGCAUACUACCAAUUAGAGGAACCUCCACUUCACAGCUAUUUCACUUUGUCUACUCAUCAAUCUUCUCAAACCAAUUUCAUUCCUAGUUCCUCAAGCUUUGGUAAUGUGGGCCUCAAGGGUGGGCUACAAGGAACUGCUGUGCAUCAACAAGGGACUGAAAUUCUUCGCUGCAACGAUCAGGUUGCAAGUGCUGGUUCACUGUCUUGCAAUAAUCUGCUUGAACAAGGUACUACUCUUGAAGAAUCAAAACUUGUUAGUGAAACAUCUUCUGUUUUGCAUGGAAAAGGCAGUGUGGUCAUAGGAAAAGAUAAUCAAAUUAGGCCAGAAGACAAGGAGAAAAUACAUACUGAAAGCAGUAUUUUUCCACUGGCCAAUUCAACUAUUUUUCCCUAUGAGAGUUGCUUUCCACAUCUUGGUUCUUGUCAUGCUGAAACUCUGGUUUCACAUGCACGAGAAUGUUUUUCUUAUUCAGCUCAAAUUUGCAGACCAUCAAGUGCUGGUCCCAAUCCUCCAAUUGUUAAUCCUGUCCCAUUAGUGAAUGUGGCAACUGGUGGCACUGAUGCUGUCAGCAGCAGGGAUUCUUAUUUUGGCUAUGUUCUGCCUAGCAUGAUGGAUACUUCUACAGUGCAUAAUCCUGUGGACAAGGUGGCUUGCCAUGACCAAGUCAUAAUUGAAAAAGGUGAAAAAGGAAAGAUUGUUGAACCCUUCCACGAUGAGACUAAAAAUCCCUCUAUAAGGGCAAAAUCCAAGCUUCGAAUUGCUUGUCCUAAUGUUCCUCAGGACUUAACUCUGGAACAACAUGGUGCUAAACCAAGUAUACCUGAUGAUAAAUCUUUCACCAACCAUGGUGAUUCUGAUGUGGAUUCACCUUGCUGGAAAGGAACCCAGGCUAAUAAAUCUCCACUCAGAGAUUCAGUGCCCAUGAAUUCAGAAGGUAGUAAGGGUCAAUCUCCAUCCAGGGUUUCAGUGCCUUUGAAGUCAGAACAUUCUAAGAAUGAAAAAGUGGCAUGUAACAGUUUAAAUCCUCAGGUACCUCUGUCUAUUCCUGGAAAUUCUAAACAAAAAGUGGAUCACCAUCAGAAGGAAGGUCAUGGAGACAGUUCCUUGUCUUCUCAGAAGAGUGCAGCUUUAGAUGUUACUUCUUCAUCAAGUGAACACAGAUUAACAGAUUCUGUUAAAGCAGUUAAAUUCCCUUCAGAAAGGAUCGAUGAUAUAGGAAUCCAGAGUUCUAGUGAUGUCCAUGACUCAAAAAAGGAGUAUGGCAUUCCCUACAAGUCAUUUAUAAGUUCGGCAGCCAAUUCUUCUUGCAGUUUUCGGCCAUAUCUCAGAGAAGAGUAUGUUACAUCUGAAAGUCAGCUUGUGAGAGGCAUAAAUGUUGCUGGCUCCAUGGAGGGUAUUGCGGCUGCAACCCAUAAUGGGUUGGAUAGUUUCGAGGACAUUGCACAUCAUGGGCCAAAUACAAGCUUCUCUUUCCUUACAACAGAAACUGCCUUGAAUUCACAUUCCAGUGGAGUUGGUGUUUUUUCUGAUUUUACUGAGAGACUUCAAGAGCCAUCAAAGUCUACGCCUCCCAAAAUUGAUGUUAAAUUAAUGAUUAAUACAAUCCAAUAUUUGUCAGAGUUGCUUCUACAGAAUUCUUCAUUUGAUUUAGGUUCACUGAGUGAGCAUGAGUAUAAUAAACUCCUGAAUAUAAUGAAUAACCUUUAUGUUCUUAUCAGAAAUAAGGCUGGUCAAAUGGCUGUAAGGCCUGAAUCAAUUCAUCCAUGCACCUUAUAUUGUCGUAGACAACCAGCUGAUCACCAUGAGCAGCGAAUUCAGGUAACAAAGGUGAAGGAUAAAGCUGUUUUACAUAAUCAGGAAAUGUACAAGAUGUCAGCUCCUAUGUUAAGUAGUAGAAUGCUGUAUUCUUUUUAUCAAAGCAAUAAUGAAGGUUUCAAGAAGGGCAGUGACAUCUGUCAGGUUAUCGAGAAGGAUCCAAAAGUAGUUUAUUCAAUAGAGAAAGAAAUGCCACCAGAAGCCUUACUUUAUAGGGAUUUGUGGCUUGAGGCUAAAGCAGCUGGGAGUUUAAAGAAGUAUCCAGCGCAUGCCUUGCAAAUGCAAUCAGAGCCAGAUAGAUACAGAUCAGAAUAAAAGGUUUGAUGAGUCGAAGUGUGUGGAAGGUGCAUAGGUGACAAAUAUAAUAGAGAAAAUGUGAUACAUUUCAGAAUGUGGUGAAGCCUUGGAUGGAAGCUCCUGUCCUAGACAAGAUUCAAGACCUGCAAGCUACCACACUUUGAGUUUAGUGGUAGCUUUAAAGUCAUUAUCUUAACAUGCAAGGAUAAAGCCUCAGCCUAAAAGUUCAAUCGUGGAAGCCACAAGAUUGAGUUUCUUCCUAGUGACAAACGUGCGGCAGAAAAAGUCAGAUAACAAAGCAUCGAGGAAAGCACUCCACGGUUAGCCAUUCCUUUGGAUAUAAUCUUUCAGCCUGCGGCUAAAUCCUAGAAGGUUUGUGAUACUUUUAAAUGUUAAGAAUUCAAGACAAUAGCCGAAUACUAAACUGCGUGGUAUAAAGAAAAACAUAAUUACCAUACUGGCUGCAGUACCGCCAUUAGGCUCAUUGCACGCAUGAAAACGUUUUGGGCCGCUUGCUUGGUGGGUUGUUUAGUAUCCGAUUAAUAAUGAACCCGCUAUGGGACUGCCUAAGCCUUGGUUCUGUUCUUGAGUCUUGACUAAAUUUAUUACUAGCAUUAGCAUUCGCAUUAAAGGCUGCAGGCCCAGUUUUGCCUUCUCUAUGCGAAUCAGACAUCAAGCUUGUGAGAAAAAUGGGCUACACUCUGACUUGUCCAAAUUGCACCUGGAUAGAGCUUUAAGGCCCUCUUUUUUGUUGGUCAGAUGUUUUAUAUCAAAUAUGAUUGGUAUAC